AUGGGCUUCAACGUGCCGCUUCUGAAUCGUGACUCGGACGACGUUCGUGCCGCCACCAGACAAUGGGUCGAUCAGCCACAAAAUCAGAAAAAACUCGUGCUGGUGAUUGUCUCAGUCGCACUACUGCUGGACAAUAUGCUCUAUAUGGUUAUCGUACCGAUUAUUCCAAAAUAUCUACGAGAUAUCCACGCUUAUGCGGUUGAAUUUUAUGGAUAUCACAAUGAGACCGAACAGCUCCCGAAUGGAACGAUAAUUGUGAGAGCCGUUGGAGCGAAAAUAGACUAUAAGGAUGAGGAUAUGGAGCUUGGAUGGCUGUUCGCCUCAAAGGCACUUAUUCAAAUAUUCGUGAACCCAUUCUCUGGAUAUAUAAUCGAUAGAAUUGGCUACGAGAUUCCUAUGGUCAUUGGAUUGGUGGUGAUGUUCAGUUCAACUGCUAUAUUCGCUCUUGGUCAUAGUUAUGGAGUACUGUUCUUCGCCAGAUCACUACAGGGUCUCGGAUCAGCAUUUGCGGACACCUCUGGCCUUGCAAUGAUUGCCGACCGAUUCAACGAAGAAGGAGAACGUUCGGCGGCGUUAGGAAUCGCCUUAGCGUUUAUUUCAUUCGGCUGCUUAGUGGCACCACCGUUCGGAUCCGUUCUCUACUCACUUGCUGGAAAACCCGUCCCAUUUCUAAUACUAUCGUUUGUUUGCCUAACCGAUGCAUUGGCCGUAUUUAUGGUGAUUCAACCAAAUCGUCGUGGACCAACGAACGCGGCUGGGGAACGUGUGAAAGGAACCCCAAUGUGGCGUCUGUUUAUGGAUCCGAUGAUAGCGGUGUGCUCUGGAGCACUGAUUAUGGCGAACGUCUCGUUGGCGUUUCUUGAGCCUACAAUCACUAAUUGGAUGGCUGAAAGUAUGCCGGAUACGCCGGUUUGGUUGGUUGGAGUGAUUUGGUUGCCACCGUUCUUCCCGCACGUGUUGGGCGUUUACGUGACCGUGCGACUUCUGAAAGCGUUCCCAAACCAUACGUGGGCGAUCGCCGCUACCGGCUUGGCUAUGGAAGGGAUUGCUUGCUUCGCUGUACCGUACACAACGUCCGUGCUGCAGUUGAUAAUCCCGUUGAGUUUUGUGUGCUUCGGUAUCGCUUUGAUCGACACCUCACUGUUACCGAUGCUCGGACAUCUCGUCGACACUCGACACGUGCCCGUCUAUGGUUCAGUGUACGCAAUUGCGGACAUUUCCUACUCGUUAGCGUACGCUUUUGGUCCGAUCAUCGCCGGAUGGAUAGUGGGCACGAUGGGCUUCUUUGCCCUAAAUCUCAUCAUUUUCCUUACAAAUAUCUUCUACGCACCCGUUAUUUUCGCACUGAAGAAGGUCCACGGGUAUGAUUCGCUUGCUCCGAAAACGGAGAUGACUUCACUCAAAAAUGACAACUAUGGGGAAAUCGAAAGUGCUAAGGUGACGGAUGAAACCACACCCGCUCAUGGAUUCCACACUAUGGGAUACGGUACACAAGCAACCAACUAUCAAGAAAGUUUCCCCCAACCCGAAUAUCCAGCAGGGUACGAUCCGUUGAAUCCACAGUGGUAG